AUGACAACUGCCAUGAUGACUUCUUCCUCAUCAGCGCUUCAUGCGCCUUCAUCCGCCCACUGUAGUCGGAACCCAUCCCCUACGUCUUCGCCCUCUCUUCUUCCACUGGCAUCUUCCAUGGCGAAAUCUUCCCCUUCUCAUUCUCCUCUCCCAGCUCCACGCUUACUCCCAUCAACAACCACCACAUCAUCAUCCAUGACGCCUUCUUCCACUUACAACUCUUCGGCCCCUUCUACAUCCAAUUCGAACGGCUACGAUCCCUCCCGACUCACGCCACCCGCUUCACCUCAGAUGAUCUCUUCCCGUUCAUUCGCCCGAGCUCCUCCUGUGAGACCGUAUCAGUCCCCCUUGUUAUCACGGAGCACCACUGGCGGUGGAAAACCUCUAAAACCUGUCGAAGGUGAUACCAGAGCAUUUGCAGAGCAAGUGGUACAUCUCUUCAGACAACGAACCGAUCAUUCUCGCCGCGGCCAAUCGGAAUAUCGACCAGAACCUCGGGAUGAUCAAGGGCGUAAACGUCAAGGGAGAAGCUUGGGCGGGAGCUUAUCAGAUACUUGGGACGGGGAAAAGGUCGAAUUCAUUGUCGACAUUCCUGUCUGGAGUCCAGGAUCAUUCCAAGACCUCUCCACUCUGCAUGCCCUUCGCGAUACGACCUUAUCGCAUACUCAUACCCUCAUUGCAUACUUGCAAUCUGUGCACUCGCUUCCCGCUUCUUAUCGACUCUUGGCGCGUUCUGCCGCACCAUCCUCUGUCCCAGGAUCACCUCGAGCCGUGCCGACAUCGAGACCUGUAUCUCCCGCUCCUACGCAUACGCACUUGACCGUCGGUUGGGGCUGUAUCCGACUCUCACCCGGCCUCGCUUCGCCCACCAUGCCGAAAAAAGAGCUCAAACCUCAUGUCAGGAGGAGCAGCGUGGUCGUCGGCAAGUCCCGAUCUCGGUCUCGAUCAUACUCGAAACAACAGCCUGCCUCCUCUCGAUCACCAAAGGCAUCUAUGGACGUUCCCGAGUUCAGGUUGGAUCUCGAUUCAGCGAUCAUUGACGAGCCGGAGGAUGAGGAGUACUUCAAAAUUCAGCUGAAAGAGGGUUACAGGAGCGGAGGCAGUGCAGCGGGAAGUGUCAAUGGAAGUGAUGAUGACCUGGAGGAGGAGAGUGCGGACUCCAUCAUCGCCAGAGAGGUAGAGAGAAGGAAAGUGAAGGAGGGGAGCGCCUUCUUGAUGACUUUGUUUGGGCAACCCGCUCUGAUCUUGACCUAA